AUGGCGCACGCGACUCUCUCUCACUUCCUUACCCUCUCUUCCUCCAGGUUCUCUCGUCUCGGCCAUAGCUCUAGAUUUCUCAGAAAACCUGCCCCUCUUUCUCCCGUUCCGCUCACCGGAGAUGGCUUCCGAUGCUGUUGCUCCGCCGCCGCCGACCAAACUUCUCCUUCUGUAAUGAAACGUGCUGUCUCUGGAGUCCAGCCUACAGGUUCAGUUCACUUAGGCAACUACCUCGGCGCAAUCAAAAACUGGGUCGCUCUUCAGGAUACGUAUGAAACGCUCUUUAUUAUCGUAGACCUUCAUGCGAUAACUCUACCACAUGACACACAACAACUAAGAAAGUCAACCAGGGAUACCGCAGCACUUUAUCUAGCAUGUGGCGUAGACAUUUCUAAGGCUUCUGUGUUUGUGCAAUCUCACGUCCGCGCUCAUUCGGAGUUGAUGUUCCUAUUAUGUUCAUCCACACCUAUUGGUUGGCUACAGAAAAUGACUCAAUUCAAAGAGAAAUCACGCAAGGAGGGAGGUGAGAAUGCCUCUGUCUCUUUGUUAACUUAUCCAGUUCUGAUGGCUGCUGAUAUCGUCUUGUAUCAGACGGAUUUUGUCCCUGUUGGUGAGGACCAGAAGCAGCACCUAGAACUUGCCCGUGAUCUGGCUCAGCGUGUGAAUAAUUUAUAUGGUGGAAGGAAGUGGAAGAAGCUUGGAGGACGCGGUGGUUCAAUCUUUAAGAUACCAGAACCACUCAUACCACAAGUUGGAGCCCGAGUUAUGUCUCUUACUGAUGGUCUUUCCAAGAUGUCCAAGUCUGCACCUUCUGAUCAGUCCCGGAUCAAUCUCCUUGACUCAAAAGAUUUGAUUGCGGACAAGAUUAAACGGUGUAAGACAGACUCAUUUGCAGGCCUUGAAUUUGACAACGCUGAGAGACCUGAAUGCAACAAUCUCCUCUCCGUUUAUCAGAUUGUUUCAGGCAAGACGAAAGAGGAAGUGAUGGAAGAAUGCAAAGAUAUGAGCUGGGGUACAUUCAAGCCUCUCCUUGCAGAUGCUUUGAUCGAACAUCUAAAUCCAAUCCAGAUCCGUUAUCAGGAGAUAACAGAGGACAGAGCGUAUCUAAACAAAGUAUUGUCAGAAGGUGCAGAUAGAGCCACGGAGAUAGCGGAUGCCACGCUUCACAAUUUGCACCAAGCUAUGGGAUUCUAUAUGAGGGAUAGUUCCGAUUGA